AUGGCUAUCGAUAGUAAAGAUAACAGUGCUUUGGAUCGUCGCGACGACCGCAAGGCAGCUGGCGAAGAUCAAAAUGGAAAGGCUCAGGAACCAUGGAGUGUCGAACAAGUCGUCGAAGGAAUCCCAGGAGGUCCUCCACAAACCGAUUCGAGCUCUCCCGUACCAUUCUUUCAUAUGCUAGAGCGAUUAAAGACGACGAAGCGGGAGGGUUGGAGGAGAUUUGGCAUCGCACACGGCGAAUCGAUAUCCGAUCACAUGUAUCGCAUGGCCAUGAUCACGAUGUUCGCUCCCCCAGCACUAGCUGCCAAAAUCAACGUCCCGCACUGCACGAAAAUGGCUUUAGUACAUGAUAUGGCAGAGGCCUUGGUUGGAGAUAUCACGCCUGUCGACGGGAUUCCAAAGCCCGAGAAGAAUCGCCGAGAAAGCACUACGAUGGACUACUUCACCAACAGUCUUCUCGGACGUGUAAACGGCGGAAUGACAGGAAAACAGAUCCGCGACGUCUGGCAAGAAUACGAAGACAACGAGACGAUGAAUGCCAAGUUCGUCCACGAUGUCGAUAAGAUCGAGCUAAUUCUGCAAAUGGUCGAAUACGAGCGCGUUCACGAAACGAAAUUGGAUCUGGGCGAGUUUACCUGGGUGGCUACGAGGAUCGAACUCGCUGAAGUCAAGGCAUGGUCUGACGACCUUAUGGAGGAGCGAGAGGUGUUUUGGGGUGACAAGAAGCAUACUAGAUUUGAUACGGAGGAGGCUCUGAAGGCUGCCACGGCGAAGGAGGUUGAUACGGAGAAAUUGGUGAAGGAGCAUGUUGGGUAUUAUGGAGAUGGGAAGAGUACCUUCCAGUAA